CGUUUUCUCAAUUGCAGAAGAACCGUUUCUCUUCCACUUGUUCAGAACAACUUCCGGUUCGUCGGUAUAACCGCAAAACCGAACGGUUCACACCGGUUCUUUAACAUUUCCGAUCCGAUAGCUGAAUCAAACCGGUUAUCUUAACAGUUCCCGCUUGGACCAGUACGACCAGCCGGUCCAAACCGAUUUUGAAACGCUGAAACAAAAACAAGGUACAAAACUGAAACAAACUCAAGUAUACAAAACGGCAUGUCGUGUAAUUGUCAACGCGGAUGAUGAUACAAGGACGGUUUCUUCUCAACACUCCCUUCUUGCCCAAUUUCUUCUUUCGAGGUGCAGUUUUGUCACACAACCACUGAAGUUUGCAACAUAAUCAAAGGAUUAGAAGGGGUUUAUCCAAAAACAUGGCUUGGAGUAUGGAAAGAUGUGACUUGGGUCUUGAUGAUAAGAUUGGAGUUGUUCAUCCUGCAACAGAGGCUUAUGCUGCAGAGGCAGUUCAAGCUUUGAAAGCUGGGAAGGUUAUUGCAGUUCCCACUGAUACACUAUAUGGAUUUGCUUGUGAUGCUUGCCUGUUGGAAGCAGUUAACAGGAUUUAUGAGAUUAAAGGCCGUAAACAUACAAGCCCGUUAGCUAUUUGUGUUGGUGACGUAUCAGACAUAAACCGUUUUGCUCUAACCGAUCAUUUACCUCAUGGUCUGCUUGAUUCUCUCCUCCCUGGGCCUGUCACAGUUGUACUAAAACGAGGAGAAUCAAGUGCUCUUGAACGAUCUUUGAACCCGGGAUUUGAUAGUAUAGGAGUUAGAGUUCCCGAUUGCAAUUUCAUUAGGCUCAUUGCCCGUGGUUCAGGAACUGCCUUGGCCCUUACCAGUGCAAACCUAAGUGGACAACCAAGUAGUGUUUGCAUCAAAGAUUUUGAAAAACUAUGGGAACACUGUGCUUCUGUUUAUGAUGGCGGGACGCUUCCAUCCGGCCGUGCAGGUUCAACCGUUGUGGAUCUCAGUAAACCAUACAAAUACAAGAUUCUUAGACCUGGAAGCGCAAAGGAAGAGACAGUUGCCAUAUUGGAGAAGCAUGGUUUUGUUGAGACGGUGUAACCGCUGAAAUUAGUUAUGAUCCAUUUGUAGUUCCACGUUAUAGGCGUAAAUUUUCACUUGCAAAAACCAAUUCUUUCGCAUGGACAUGCGAGAAUAUAUAUCUUCCGGCUUGCUUUUUUCUUUAACCGCAUAUAAGUUACGCCACAGGAUCUCUGGGGCGCAAGAACUUACACUUGGCAUUGUUGGAAAUACUCGAUGUCUAAGUUGCACUAGGCUUUGUGGCUUUAUGUCAUGUUUUAAAAGCUCAUAUAUUAUGUAAUAGUGAAUCAGUUUUUUCUGAGAACCUAUCAUGCUACAAAGUAAUAGUGAUAAUUAUCUCAGUUUAUGAAAAUGAUAUCAAUGGGAAACUGAACAAUUUUCUUAAUGGUUCACUUUUGCAAUUGUUCUUUACUGUUGAUAAGAUACAUUAUGACCAUACUAGAUUAUAAAUUGGUGGACUGCUGCUGUAUUUGUAACAUGUUAGAUACAUAAGGCAAUCACUAGAUAUCGAUGCUUAACCAUGUUAUGUUGUGCAUCAUGUAUUACGACACUUGAUAGCGUAGAGUUAGAGAUGUAAACGCACCGUAUUUGGGUGAAUCCAACCACAAUCAAUCUAUAGUGCAAAAUCAACAAGACUCAAAUCAAAGUUGAAUUGAUAUUUGUGAGCUUCUCAUGACUAAGCUAGUGGCUGCUGAACUUAUUGUGUAUAGAGUAGGGAAUUUAAUCUUUUGUUACUAAUUUACUACACAUCUACAUGAGACUACAAUGUACAGUUUAUGAAUAUAGCUUUUCUUGCUAUGGAAUUUCUGUUUGUUUAUUUGUACUGAUAUACUGAUGAAUAUGUCCGUACUUCAAAACAAGAAAGCUUUUUGGCUUUAUUUUUUUUAGGCUUGGGUGAGACAAUGAUUUUUUUUUCGGGUUGAAAUGAAAGACAAGGAUUGAGGAAAUGUGUUUGUUGGUUUGUCUUAGAGUUUGAUUAUUGAUGUAUAGCAGAUUGUCUAAGAGAAUUUUCUGAUGACUUUUCACUCGGUCGAUGUUCCAACAAAUAAUUCUCCGGUUCUGCAACAUCAAAAGUCAAAUCAUUCUUAAGAAACAUCCUACCAAAAUGGACACUGGCAGAUAUUGAUAAAGUGAAUGCAUCAACUCUGGAAGUUUCCUCUUCAGGCCCUUGAAAAAGGCCUCCGAUCUCAAGAUCAUUGCCACUUGGUAAAAUAUUUACUCCUACGAUGAAAAGAGCCCCAUCAUUGCCAUUAGAAGAAAUUGGACAUUCAAACACAAAAUCCACUCAUGGUGGAAAUGGAAGUCUAGGUGGUGGUUCUCUGAGU